CACACGCCCCGUGGUGAAGCUUCUGAGCACAGAGCCAUCAUUUUCCAGACCAGAGAGAGAGAGAGAGAGACACGGAUGACAGCAGAAGGAAAUCAAGGGAACUCGGCUGAGAUUGGUGGUAUUUCGGAUCUGGAUCAAUCAGGAGUCGUCCGUGGUGGGAACAGAAUUUGGAUCCGCGGACUGAGAAACCUGUAGGAGGUCGCAGGAGCAAAACAUUGCUAUGCUAUUGUAGGAAGAAUUAUGAAAGGUCUGUGGGAGUGCAAACAAAAAUACAGCGCUAGCUAGGUGUAGGUGCCGGUGAACAAAUGUCAAGCCGGUGGAGGUCUCGGUCUCAUCGCCGUGAAGCGUCUCUAACUUGCAGAAUUGAAGGACUAUCACAAAACAAGUAAACAAACAAACAAACAGCAGCGAGAGUACACACAUCCUGAUGUGUUCAGACUAGGAUUAGGCAUCGUGUUGUCCUGGCAUGGCUUGUCAAGAUUAAAAUCCGGGCUGAAUUGAACAACGUUUGCUUAUUUUCAAAGAUAAAAACUGAGCGAGCAUUAGCCAGUGAUGUUAGUUCGUGUUGUCUUUGUAACUCAAUCGGAUUAGCCUCAAAACUCUUUGCUAGCAGCUAAUGCUAACGAGUCGGCAGCGAAAACCUAGCUAAGCUAGUCGCUAGGAGUUAGCUAGGUAGCUAGCUUAGCUAUUCUCUUUUUUUCCCCCCCUUUGCCUCAAAUGUCAAACCACAUACAAGUGAUUUUAAGUUCAGCAGUUUGACUAGUUGUUUUAAGUUAACAGUGUUUACAUCGUUGAUAACCAGGUGUGUUGUUAUACUAAGAGCGUAUUUUGUUUUUACCGGUCGCUUAAUUAAUGGUUGGUUGUCUUUUUAGCUAGCUCAGGCUGCUAGCCGGCAUCAGAUCAGAUCAGAUCAGAGUAGCUUUUGUAGAGCACAAGCAAAAGUGGCUCAGCUGGUUUUGGGAGGGGGGGGUAAGAAGAGACAGGAGUUGUAGUGAAGGAAAAUUAAGUUCUAAUAACUUUGCAAACUGUCUGAGUUAUUUCUCUCAAUAUUUUUUCACAACUCGACGUCAUCAUGGCAGCAUAAGUUUAAAGCAAUAUAUGGAGUUAUCAGUGGACCAGUUUGUGCCUUGCAAAAACAAACCAACCAACAACCAUCAUCAUCAUCACCACCACCACCAAGGUCCAACAAAAAGAAACUUGGAAAGUUUGAGUAUUUGGGAUCAACUUGCAUCUAGGUUAUGAGAAAUGUCAUUGCUCUUUGAGGAAAGUGUCACUUUGUGUGCAUCUUUGAGUUGUAAUCUUAUUCCUGAUUACCCAUCACUGCUUAUUUUUUCAUGUCGUCGUGCUGCUUUUGGGAUAAAUUCAAGAUCCUGAUGUGGACUUCAAAAAAGUGAGGAAACAUUCCGAAAAACCAUGGAUUAACUUCCAGUGAGGAUGCCUAAAGAUCAGAUCUGACCGGUAGGAGUGAAUGGAGUCCCCCUCCCCCAAGCUACAAGUUGCCCUAGUGGAAGUGCUCUUCCUCGCCCAUGCACUCAGCCUGCACUCUGUGUGUCAGCUGUGUGAGCUGAAGUCUCCUGCCUGAGCUGCAACUGACUCCAAGGCUUCAGCUUUUUCACCCUCACAACCGGCCAAUGUGAUGGAACUGAUGUUUGCAGAGUGGGAAGACGGAGAGAGGUUCUCCUUUGAGGACUCGGACCGCUUCGAGGAGGAUUCCCUUUGCUCCUUCAUCUCUGAGGCAGAGAGCCUGUGUCAGAACUGGAGAGGAUGGAGAAAACAGUCCGCUGGUCCGAACUCCCCUACUGUUAAGAUUAAAGAUGGACAGGUCAUCCCUCUGGUAGAGCUGUCAGCCAAGCAAGUGGCAUUCCAUAUCCCAUUUGAGGUGGUGGAAAAAGUUUAUCCUCCCGUUCCCGAGCAGCUUCAGCUUCGCAUCGCCUACUGGAGCUUUCCUGAGAAUGAGGAGGAUAUCAGGUUAUAUUCCUGCUUGGCCAAUGGGAGCCCUGACGAGUUCCAGCGUGGAGAGCAGCUCUAUCGGGUGAGAGCUGUGAAAGACCCCCUGCAGAUAGGUUUCCAUCUCAGUGCCACUGUCCUCUCACCUCAAGCUGGCCAGUCAAAGGGCGCCUACAAUGUGGCAGUCAUGUUUGACCGUUGCCGCAUCACUUCCUGCAGCUGCACCUGUGGAGCUGGGGCCAAAUGGUGCGCUCACGUGGUUGCGCUCUGCCUCUUUAGGAUUCACAAUGCGUCUGCUGUGUGCUUGCGAGCCCCCGUAUCCGAGUCCCUGUCCAGACUGCAGAGGGACCAACUGCAGAAGUUUGCACAGUAUCUCAUUAGUGAGCUUCCGCAGCAGAUCUUACCCACAGCCCAGCGUCUCUUAGACGAACUUCUGUCGUCACAGUCCACUGCAAUUAACACAGUAUGUGGAGCUCCAGACCCUACUGCUGGGCCUUCAGCUUCAGACCAAAGCACCUGGUACCUGGAUGAAUCCACCCUCAGUGACAACAUUAAGAAGACGCUGCACAAGUUCUGUGGUCCUUCCCCUGUAGUGUUCAGUGAUGUGAACUCCAUGUAUCUCUCCUCCACGGAGCCUCCAGCUGCAGCAGAGUGGGCCUGCUUACUGAGGCCCCUGAGGGGCAGAGAGCCAGAGGGCAUCUGGAACCUUCUAUCCAUCGUCAGGGAGAUGUUUAAGAGGAGAGACAGCAAUGCUGCACCACUCCUAGAAAUCCUCACUGAGCAAUGCCUCACCUAUGAACAAAUCAUUGGUUGGUGGUACAGUGUACGGACAUCUGCGUCUCACAGCAGUGCCAGUGGACAUACGGGCCGCAGUAAUGGGCAGACAGAGGUAGCUGCUCAUGCCUGUGCCAGCAUGUGUGAUGAAAUGGUAGUGCUCUGGAGGCUGGCUGUGCUUGACCCCACCAUGAGUCCACAGAGGCGUUUGGAGCUUGCUGCCCAGCUCAAGCAGUGGCACCUUAAAGUGAUUGAAAUUGUAAAGCGGGGACAGCACCGUAAGUCUUUGGACAAGCUCUUCCAGGGUUUUAAACCGGCUGUUGAGUCUUGUUACUUCAACUGGGAAGUGGCAUACCCUCUGCCUGGCAUUACCUACUGCAGUGCAGACAAGAAGAGCACUUCCUUUGGCUGGGCCCGGGCCACACAGCCACAGAGAGGGGCCAAAGUAGGGACAAGUGGGGAACCUCUGGAGCCUGGGGGAGGAGGAGGUGGCCGAGGUGGGGGACCUGACUCUGGAGUUCCUGAACACAAAUCACGUGGCAGCUCCCAUCCACCCCAGCAAGAGGUGGCUGUGCGACCCAAAGAGACCAUUGUGAGCAAAAGAAAAGCCAUGUCUGGAGUGAACAGUGGAGGGAUGUUGGUGCGUUUAGGUGGGGGUAUGUCUCUAUCCAUAGAUGAAGGCGCAAAGGGUGCAUAUAAGUCUUGCAGCUCUUCGUUGUCUGCUAGCGGCAAAAGCAAACUAGCGCAGAGUGGUAAGAGUUCGUGUGGAAGUUCAAGCGCUGUUGGUGGGAAGCAUCCAAGUGCUAAACGCCGCACUAGCAGUGAAGAUAGCUCUUUGGAGCCCGAUAUGGCUGAGCUGAGCCUGGAUGACGGCUCUAGUCUGGCACUGGGAGCAGAAGCGAGCAACACUUUCGACUUCUUGCCUCCACCCCCUGAGAUGCUGCCCUCACCCAGCUCUCUGCUCAGAGAGCCACGCAAGUACAACAGCAGUAGUGGUGGUGGCAACAUCGCCAAGGAACGAGCGUUUGAGGGUAAACGUGGCAUCCAUGCAGCAAUAUCCCUGGCAGCUGAAGCCCCUCACUGCUUCCCCAAAGAGAGCCCAUUGGCUGCCAUGGCAGUAGCAGUGGAGAAAGAGGUGGAUGUGGAGGCAGAACUUGAGGAAAACGGAGGAGAUGAAGAUCCAGUAGAAGAUGCUCUGCCAUCCAUAUCGGCGAUGGUCACGCCAAAACCUUCUCGAAGCAGAAGAGAGGGAGAAGGAAGCAACACUGCAGGGACUCCUGGACCCCAGGUUCCAGAGGCAGCAGCUGGUGGAGACCCAGUUGGCGAGGAUGAUUACCAAGCCUACUAUCUCAGUGCAGCCUCUGAGGAAGGUGCUGAGAGAGGAGUGCCAGACAGCAACCUUGAGGAAGAACCGGACAUCUUCGCUGGAAUCAAACCUCUGGAGCAGGAAGGUCGGAUGGAGGUGCUGUUUGCCUGUGCAGAGGCUCUGUAUGCUCAUGGUUAUAGUAAUGAAGCAUGUCGUCUGGCUGUGGAGCUAGCGAGAGAUCUCCUGGCCAACCCUCCUGACCUCAAAGUGGAACAGCCGCAGACAAAGGGUAAGAAGAGUAAAGUGUCGACCAGCAGACAGACACAAGUGGCGACCAAAACUCUUUCCAAGGCGGCCUUCCUGCUCACAGUGCUGAGUGAGAGGCUGGAGUUUCAUAACCUAGCCUUUAGCACUGGCAUGUUCUCAUUGGAGCUCCAGAGACCUCCUGCAUCCACUAAGGCACUGGAGGUGAAGCUGGCGUAUCAGGAGUCAGAGGUGGUUGCUUUGCUGAAGAAGAUUCCUCUGGGUCUUGUGGAGAUGACUGCUAUAAGGGACAGAGCUGAGCAGUUACGUGACGGAAACUUCUGCGAUUAUCGGCCAGUUCUGCCCUUAAUGCUAGCCAGUUUUAUUUUUGACGUUUUGUGCACUCCAGUGGUCUCUCCUACGGGUUCACGGCCACCCAGUCGUAAUCGUAACAACGAGAUGCCAGGUGAUGAGGAGCUGGGCUUCGAGGCUGCCGUUGCUGCUUUAGGUAUGAAGACCACGGUUAGUGAAGCAGAGCACCCUUUACUGUGUGAGGGCACUCGGAGGGAGAAAGGAGACCUCGCGUUGGCGCUUAUGAUCACCUACAAGGAUGACCAGAGCAAGCUGAAAAAGAUUUUAGACAAGCUUCUUGACCGUGAGAGUCAGACCCAUAAGCCCCAGACGCUCAGCUCAUUCUACUCUAGUAAGCCAGCCACAGGUAGCCAGAAGAGCCCAUCCAAACAUGCAACUCAUGGAAGCAGUGCCGCAGGAGGAGUGUCCAAACAUGCAACACCAGCUACUACAGGAGGUUCCACCUCUGUGCAAAGUGUCUCAGGUGGUGGAGCGGCUGGGCAGCAGGGUGGGCUGACGGGCACUGGGGUUCAGGGCACGGCAUCAGGAGAGGCUGCCAGCGAGAGCCGAGAGCAAGAUGGAGCUCAGUUGUCCUCCUGUGAGCAGCAAAAUGAGGUGGCGUCUUUUAAGCCUGAGGGCACGGUGCCCAGCCGCCUGGCACUCGGUAGCCGUGGAGCUUAUGGAUCACGCUGCUGGGGCUCACCUGUACGGCAGAAAAAGAAGCACACUGGCAUGGCGAGCAUUGACAGCAGCGCUCCUGAGACCACGUCUGACAGCUCUCCAACACUCAGUCGUCGUCCACUGAGAGGUGGAUGGGCAGCAUCUUCUUGGGGGAGGGGCCAAGACAGUGACAGCAUCAGCAGUUCCUCUUCUGAUUCACUGGGCUCUUCGUCAUCCAGUGGGUCACGCAGAGCUGGGGGAGGAGCCAGAGCCAAGAGCACUGACACCAGCAGGUAUAAAGGGCGUCGCCCCGAAUGCCACGCUCCACACGUGCCCAACCAGCCAUCGGAGGCUGCAGCUCACUUCUACUUUGAACUGGCCAAGACUGUGUUGGUAAAGGCUGGAGGAAACAGCUCAACCUCCAUCUUUACUCAGCCUUCUGCCAGUGGGGGCCACCAGGGGCCUCACCGUAACCUGCACCUGUGUGCCUUCGAGAUCGGCCUGUACGCCUUGGGCCUGCACAACUUUGUGUCUCCCAAUUGGCUGUCUAGGACAUACUCCUCUCAUGUGUCCUGGAUCACAGGCCAAGCCAUGGAGAUUGGCAGUGCUGCUCUUAACAUUCUUGUGGAGUGCUGGGAUGGUCACCUAACCCCUCCUGAAGUGGCAUCACUGGCAGACCGGGCAUCACGGGCCCGAGACCCCAACAUGGUACGAGCUGCAGCUGAACUCGCACUGAGCUGUCUACCUCAUGCUCAUGCCCUAAACCCCAAUGAGAUCCAGAGGGCACUGGUGCAGUGCAAAGAGCAGGACAAUUUAAUGCUGGAAAAGGCGUGCAUGGCAGUAGAGGAGGCAGCAAAAGGAGGUGGUGUGUACCCUGAGGUAUUGUUUGAGGUGGCCCAUCAGUGGUACUGGCUGUAUGAGCAGACGGUGGGUGGAGUCUCUGCAGCACAGAGGGAGGGGCCAAGCCGAUGUGGGGCAAAUGGUGGAGCAGCUCGGAGACCUCCGGAAGGGACCUGCGGUGUGAUGGAUAGCUCCGUGACCAUGGACUCAGCCGGUGUAGCAGCUGUUACUGCGUCGGUCAGUGCAGCCGCUGUUGUGCCCGUCAUAUCAGUGGGCUCCACCCUCUACCAGUCGCACACACUGCCGGGCACAGCCAUGGCGCACACACCAGGUCUGCACCCCUAUACCACUAUCCAAGCCCAUCUGCCUACUGUCUGCACCCAGCAGUACCUGGGCCAUCAGCUCCAGCAUGUCCCCCGACCUGCAGUCUUCCCCGUGUCCAGUUCUGCGUAUCCACAAGGAAUGCAUCCUGCCUUUAUUGGUGCGCAGUACCCUUUCUCUGUAGCCUCUGGGCCUCAUCCCCCUAUGGCAGCAGCUGCAGUCACCUUCCCAGGAGUCCCCGUACCGUCCAUGACUCAGAUUGCUGUCCAUCCCUACCACACCGCCGACGCGGGGUUACCCCUCAGUACUACUGUGGCAGUCGGUGGGGUUCACUCAGGCUCCACCAUCCAGGCUAUUCAGGGGACAUCUCUUCCUGGCCUUUCUUCUCAGCCACCUUCAUUGGUCAGUGCGCCAUUCCCCGUGGAAGACGAUCAGCACAGUCAGCCUGUCAGCCAGCAGGGGCUGCACUACCUGCACUCGGCCUACAGAGUUGGUAUGCUGGCCCUGGAGAUGUUGGGCAGGAGAGCUCACAACGACCAUCCCAACAACUUCUCCCGCAGCCCUCCGUACACAGAGGACGUGAAAUGGCUGCUAGGCCUCGCUGCACGACUCGGUGUGAAUUACGUGUAUCAGUUCUGUGUGGGGGCUGCCAAAGGUGUGCUGAGUCCAUUUGUGCUGCAGGAGAUUAUUAUGGAGGCUCUGCAGAGGCUAAACCCUGCACACAUUCACGCUCACCUCCGCACUCCUGCCUUCCACCAGCUCGUGCAGCGCUGCCAGCAAGCCUACCUACAGUACAUCAACUAUCGGCUGAUCCAUCUGACCCCGGCAGACUAUGAUGACUUUGUAAACAUAAUUCGAAGUGCUCGUGGAGCAUUCUGUCUCACCCCGAUGGGCAUGAUGCAGUUCAACGAUGUCCUGCAGACCCUGAAGAGGGGGAAGCAGACCAAGGAGCUGUGGCAGAGGAUCUCGCUGGAGAUGGCAACGUUUUCACCCUGAGAGUUCCACACACCAGCAGGCACUGACUGACUGACUAACUGAACUGCAGCUCACCUCAGAACUCAGCCUGAGCCUCAGUGAGCCACAGCGCCCCCUGCAGAACCCAGACCCAUCACUGGCAGCACAAUCAGUCCUCCUCUUGGUCCGGUAUUACUCCAGGAUGUGCAAUCUCAUGGAGUUUCUGAGACAUGGGAAUAACUCGUGUCAAAAGGAUCCUUCCCUUAUUAUUGAACCCAUUGUCAUGUCUUUUUUGUUUGUUUGUUUUUUUCCCUUUUGUGUGUGUGAUGUCAAGUAACUUAUGACUAGUGUUUUAUCUUAAAAUCUGUUUUUUUUUUUUCUCUCCUUCACAAUGUUGAUGCUCUGCUUCACUGAAUUUUAGUUAUAUGGUUAUUGAAAUACAUUUUUUUUUUUCUUCAUUAGUUUUGUUGAUGUUUGUUGAUUCAAAUUUGAAUAAAAACUAAAUGUCAGACUCAUACUGCAACAUUCCUGUGCUUUUGGAGGAGUGAGCCUCCACCGGGCAUAAAGGAUUUACAGCGUUGGAUACUAAGUGUAUGAACGAGGGAAGAACAUCCUUUAUUAAAAGAAGUAAAGAGACAUUUAAUAGGAAACAAUAAUCAAGUACGGGUGAGGAUUCUUCUUUUUUCUUUUUUUUUUUUUUGGAUAUUUUGUAUAGUGUGGUGUGUGCAGAGAACAGUUUGAGGAAUGAAAGUGACUGCUAUCUGAGUUCCCUUUUCCAGCUGGCUGUUGGUGGUGAGGGCUUGAAGUUUUGGAGCACAGAAGUUUGGCUGGACCAGAUUUUUUAACCUACGUGACUUUUUUUUUCCAGAAUUUAUCUAUUACAAGUCCACUGCCAACAGGCUCUCGUCCUUUCACUCUUUUUUCCUCAACGUUUAAACGUCAGAUACUUUUGAUUUUGUUUCCUGUGCAUGUGUAUUCCUCAUCAAAUGUCGAUGCAUAUACACAGUCAAAAUAUUCAAAUUUCUCACAUCUCAUGAAUGUCUGUCUCCCUGAGGGGGUCCGUUGCCAGGUUCCUGUGUUCCAGCCUCAAGUCCGGCACCCACUUUGGAGCUCAUUAGUAGGGAAUGAUUGUAGAAAUUGUACUGUGAUAUUUUUGUAUUCUUCAAAGUGUAGCUUGAUUGGGAAGAAGAUAUAUAAAUAUAUAUGAAUAUAUAAACUGUGCUGAUUGCAAUUGGUUGUAAUCUAGACUAAAGGAAAAAAAAAUGAAACAGACAAAAAGCAAUAUUGAAAAUGUAGAGUUUACUUAAUAAAGAUGACUCAAAACACUAA